UCAACCGCCCGCUGGACGCGGCCUUCACUGUUCUACCAUCAGCAGCCGGCAGCGGCCAUUCAUGAUUCGUGAUUGAGUGCAGUCUAAAAUUGUUGAAAUUUACUCAAAAUAGCGUUUGUUUGAGGAAAAUCUAGCAGACAAGUUAGUGUGCGGCACGAAAUUCCCACCGUGUUCUGUAGAAUGUGGUCACGUCGGGGUGAGGAAAGUGGCUGGCUACUGCUAUUGAUGUUGGCAGUGUUUAGCUGUGGGAUUGUCGUUCUCACGGAACUGCCCCGUCCCAGGGGGGUUUCAAUCUCGCGGGCCAGUUUGUACCGGGUGGAUAAUGGUGGCAAAUUUGUUUGCUUGGAUGGACGAAAGACGAUCCAGUGGGAACAGGUCAACGAUGACUACUGUGAUUGUGAGGACGGCAGCGAUGAACCUGGAACUGCUGCCUGUCCGAAUGGGGUGUUCCAUUGUACGAACGCAGGAUACAAACCGUUGAAUUUGCCCAGUAGUCGGGUGAAUGAUGGAAUCUGCGACUGCUGUGAUGCCUCGGAUGAAUACGGUUCGAGAACGAACUGCAUCAAUUCUUGCAGCGAACUUGGCAAGGAGGAUAGACUGAGGGAAAAGCAGCGAGCUGAAAUGGCCAAAAUGGGGAAUCAGCUGCGGUCGGAGAUGAGUCAGAGGGGAAAAGCUAUGAAGGAGGAACAACGGAUUCGUUUCGCUGAGUUGGAGCGAUCCAGGGGAGAAGCGGAAGCUCUCCGUCAGGAAAAAGGAGCUAUUAAAGAUGAGGCUGAGGCAAUCGAAAAUGCAGCACUUAAAGUUUAUCGUGACCGAGAGGAGGAAGCGCGCCGUGCCAAGCAAGAAGCGGAUGCCAUGAGUAAUCGGGAUGAGGCAGAGGAAACUUUCCUUAAGUACGAUUCGAACCAGAACCAAGUUCUGGAGAUUGCUGAAUUACAAACACGAAUCGUGUUUGAUCGCAAUCGUGAUGGAUCCGUUACGGAGGAUGAAGCUCGAUUCUUUUUGGACGAUCACGAGCAGGUGGACUUUGAAACAUUUGUCACCCUGUGCUGGCCAAAAAUUAAGCCGUUCCUGAUGUUGGACUCGGGUCUAUUCAAGCCUCCUAGUGAUGUGGAGGAACUGGAAAGAGGGACGGAGGAAGCCGAUUUACAUACCGAGCAGGACGAUGGUUAUGAUCUAGAUGGAAGCGAACCCACCCAGCAUUAUCAAGAGGAGGAGAUCGCUGAGAAUGAGCAGGAAGAAGAGGAAGAUGAUGAAGGGCUUGAAGAACAAGAGGUAGGUGAAGGGCAGGUCGAUACUGCUGAAGAGCCUAAAGAAGAGUAUGAUCCUGAAACGAAGGAACUAAUCCGUAUGGCCAAUGAUGCUAGAAACCAGUACACGGAAGCAGAUCGACAUGUUCGCGAGAUUGAACAGGAAAUGAAGAACAUUGAAGAUUUACUUAACAAGGAUUACGGUAAAGACGAAGAAUACGCUCCAUUGAACGGGGAAUGUCUUAAUUUGGAAGACAGAGAGUACGUCUACAAACUGUGUCCGUUUGAUAAAGCUAUUCAGCAGCCCAAGAACGGCGGACCUGAGACUAGAUUGGGUACCUGGGAGAAUUGGGCUAACGGUGAGUACACUGCGAUGAAGUAUACCAACGGAGCUACCUGUUGGAAUGGACCGGCCCGGUCCGCCUUUGUUCACCUCGAGUGCGGCCUGGAUACGAGAAUUUUGUCCGUUUCGGAGCCGAACCGAUGCGAGUACGAGUAUCGUAUGCAGACACCGGCGGCCUGUUUCUUCAAGGAAGACGGCAACAAGGAGCACGAUGAGCUGUAAGAUCGAAUAAGUAAAACUUUUACACCUGAAUUGGUCAUCGCUUUCGUCAGUAAAACACCCAAAGUUAUCUAUCGUUCCGUCAGCCGAUGUGACUUUUACAUACGAGACGGAAUUAUCAUUUUUCAUCGAUCGUAAAAGGAUUAAAUUAGUAAGUACUAUUGGAUGAAGAGAAUGAAAUAGGAACGGCGGUUACGAACUCAGGAAAAAAAAUGUAAUGUGUGUAGGAAUAUGUUCUGAUUGAUUUUCGUUAAGCAUUCCUUCAUUUUAUUUAAUAGAACCAACGAAAAGUGUGACUAGGUUUUAUGUUGAAGCAGACGAAACUGUAGUGUCCAAUGUGAUGUCAAUCUUUAGAAGCAGACAAAGAAAUAAACGAAUUAGCAGCGUCUUAAGAA